UUGAUGUGAGACUAUCAGGGGGUCAGACACCAUUCCAAGGAAGAGUAGAGAUAAGAAGAGACAAUGGUGAAUGGGGAAUGGUAUGUGCUAUGAAUGCACAGAAAUGGGAUUCCAUGGAAGCACGGGUUGUGUGUAAACAAUUAGGUUUUGUAGAUGCCAUGUGGACGUGGAGUAACAGUAAAUAUGGUGUCAGUAAUCUGCCAGUGAGUGAAUGUGGUAUCAGUUGUGACGUAUCAGCCACGUCACUUAAUAACUGUACAAUAUCUAGUACUGGGUCUUGUAAUAAUUGUCAAGAUAAGCAUGCUGGAGUUACCUGCUAUUUUCCAGGUUUUCUAGGUCGUUACAAAGAAGGAAAUCCAAACAGAAUAUUCCAAACAUCAUCAAACAUGUACACUAUUGGAAACUCUAUUACCACAAUUCAAGGAUGCAUCCAGACAUGUAGAGACAACUCUAAACCAAUAGCAGUACUUGCCAGUGCAGAUGAAUGUUACUGUGGUGAUGACGACACUGAUUACCAGCAAUACGGUGAAGCUGUGCCUGGAGAGAUGAUCAACGAAUAUGUAUUCUAUGGUACCCUACAAUGUAGUGGAGAUAAUGGUACUGAACCUUACAUACAAGGAUGUGGUGGUGAUUACCAAUUAGAUGUCUAUGAUACUACUAUCGGUGCAUGUGGAGGACAGUACACUGGUGACAGUGGUUAUAUAUAUUCCCCAAACUUUCCCGGCAAGUAUCCAGAUAACCAGAAUUGUAUAUGGACAAUUACAGUUGAAGACAACCAUAUAAUUCAGCUUAGUAUAUUGAUGGCUAAGAUAAGUACUGGUGAUUACCUGGAUAUAAGAGAUGGUGAUGACGUAACGGCACCACAGAUUACAUGGAACAGCAUGACAGUGUACAGUUCUGGAAAUAUAUUGUGGUUACAAUUUUAUUCCAACUCAGAUAUGAAUACAGACUUGGGAUUUGCGUUGACAUACCAGGCUCUACCUCAGUGCAGUAAACCACAUCCAGUGUAUUCGAACGUGAUAAUGACUCCAUCUCCACUCUCUGAUUAUUUCAAUCCUGGCGACAGUAUUACAUUUAGAUGUACAACUGGUUAUAUAUUGAAUGGAGUAAGUGUUAUAACAUGUCAAGAUGAUGGACAGUGGAAUAGUAGUGUACCUACAUGUACAGAUGAUGGACAGUGGAAUAGUAGUGUAUCUACAUGUACAAGUGAGAUGAUAAAUAUAGCAUUACAGUUAGAUGAACAACUGGUUAUACAAAACUGUAUAUUGAAUGGAGUGAGUGUUAUAACAUGUCAAGAUGAUGGACAGUGGAAUAGUAGUGUACCUACAUGUACAGUUAUAACCAGUGUAUCUACACCUUCAUCAAUUACUAUACUUAAAAUGACUGACACUACUCACAAAAGCGAACUGAAUGGUGAAUCCAAAAGUACUGAUGAUACUUCCAAGUACAGUUCGACACCGAGUGGAGACAACUCAUUUGUUCAUGAUACCACUUUCAAACCGAGUGUUUCGUCAAGUGAGAGCAAUGAAGAUAUGUGUGAGAAGCAAUUCAAUCAGACAGGUACGAGUCUGAGUGUAUACGUGGGUGUUAGUUUUGCUGUUAUUAUCAUUGUUAUCAUACCAAUAGUCGUAUUGAUGUCUAUAUUUCUGUGCAGAAGGGUAAGACUCAAAUCUGCAGAUGAGAGGGAAAUGACAAACUUGGGAGAAACAAGUAAUCGUACAUAUCAAGACCUUAUCACAGAUGUACAUCCUAAUGACAAAGAUAAUUUGGACAAAAAUGAAUACCAGUCUUUAAAUAUUCACGACGAACAAAAUAAGACAGAGAUGGAAUACGUUAAUACACCGAAACCUGGUGCUUAUGAAGAGUUGGCAAUACGAUCAGAGGUAAUAGAACAAAAGAAGGAUGUAGGCAACGUGCAGUGGGCCAUUACGUGA